AUGGAGCAUCAUGAUUUUUACAAGGGCCGCUCCUCCAAACAAGAGGCAAUAGCAGUUUCUGCAGUUGCUUUACAGGAUCAUAUAAUACACAGUCAUGAGCUCCAGCAUGUUUCGUUAGCAGAUCUUAAGUCAAGGACAAGAAAUACUCAGAACAUUUAUAAACCUGUGAACAAAGAAAUGGUCAGAGCAAUAGUAGGUACUGGACUAACAAAAAAGAUCACUCAGCACAAAAACAAGGAAGAUGCAGAAAAGGAGUAUGUUCUUGAUUUCAGUCCUCCACAGCUAACAUUGGGUCAAAAACUAGGCCUGGUUGAGCCUCCUUUCUUGCCGCUAACUGCUGAAGAUUGGGUAGAAAUAAGGCAGAGAUCCAUAGAGCACAGAGACUCCACGCAGCCGUGUGCAGUAUGCAGGGAAGAGUUUGCACUUCAGCCUCAGGUGCUGCUUUCAUGUUCCCAUGUGUUCCAUAAAGCAUGCCUGAAAGCCUUUGAAAAGCUUGCAGGUAAAAAGUCAUGUUCUAUGUGUAGAAAAGAGCAGUAUCAGACCAGACUAAUACAUGAUGGGGCACGUUUGUUUAAAAUAAAGUGCGCUGUUAGAAUCCAAGCUUCCCGGAGGGGACAUAAUGUUAGAAAAUGGUACAAAAACUUGAGAAAAACAAUGCCUCCUAAAGACAGCAAAUUAAGAAAGCAAUUCUUCGAGAAAAAGGUAUUUCAGCAGAUCAGUGAGUGCCUGUUGAGCUCUUACAACAUUAACCCAGGUGAAUUUUUUUCUGAGACAGACUAUUCUAUAGCUGCAAGUCAAGAUGUGUUUCAGCAGUUGGAAGGAAAAGAAAAAUUAGUAAGUGAAACUGACUGGGAGGAGAUCCAGGUCCAGGUUGAUUGGCUUUUGAUACUUGACUGUCCCAUCUGUAUCACACCACUCAGUCUUACAGUUCAUCCUGCCCGUCACUUUUCUGGUAACAGCAAGCAGUUUUCACAACAGAUCAUUCUGCUUUCUUGUUCACGCUUGUUUCAUCAUACCAGUCUUCAAGCAUUUGAAAACCUUUCCUUAGGAGAGCGUACUUGUCCUUUAUGUCGCUCAUCUUAUCAAAAGAAAAUCCUCAGAUGUUGA